GAAACACACGUGCGUCAGGAUGAGCUGAUUGCUGUGAGACGCGGCAACAAGGGCCCGGUCCGUUUGCGCCAGGACGCAGUUAGCGCUGACGUGCGUUUAAAUGUAGGCAAACGCCGUUGAGUUUGGCGCAAACACCGUCCAACGUCCUCAAACUUAGCGCCUCUUGAGGAAACUGCAGGCGCACGCAGAGCGGAUGCCGGGCGCGCACGGACGGUUUGCGGUGAGCCGUGUCUCUGCGUGUCAGUGAGCCUGCGCGGCUCGAUGUGCGACAGCAGCAGCAGGAGGAGGAAGACAGACAGACAGCUACCGAGGCUGACGGUCGGCCUGGAUGGCACCGAGCUCCCGCUGAGCGCGAGCGGCACAGCACCCAAGUGGCGAGUCGGGGGGUGGGUGGGGGGUCUGUACGUGAAACUCAAAGAAGUCGGGAUGGACGGAAAGGGCACGCUGAAGAUGUUCAGGAAGAAGCGGGAGCUCAUCAAGACGCCCUCCAUCUCGAAGAAGAGCCGAGCAGGAAGCCCGGGGCCGCAGAGCGGCGCGUCGACGCUGUCCAUCCUCCCGGAGCAGCCCCGUAAAGAUGGCGGCGACGCGGCGCUCUCCUCCUCCCCGUCCUCCGUGUCCUCCUCCUCGCUGCUCACCCCGACCUCCGCCGGGCUCCUGGACCCGUCCGCGUCCUGCCCCGGCACUCCCAGCAUGCAGCACGGCAAGAUGGCGGGCGUGGGCUGCCCGUCGCCCGUCGCCACCCUGAAGAGGCCCACGGCCCUGAGCCGCCACGCCAGCGCCGCAGGGCUCCCGCUCCAGUCCUGGGUGUUCACUAAAGGCCAGGGCAGAGGGGCGCUGAUCCCGAGCCCGGCGUCGGAGGGUCCGGAGAGCACGGUCAUCGAGGUGGAGGACAUCCCGGCCCUGCUGAGGGACGUGGCCCGCUUCGCCGAGGCGGUGGACAAGCUGAAGGACGUGGUGCUGGCUGAAGGUAAAAAGGAGAGCCAGCGACCUGUGGCCCAUGAAUGCUUGGGAGAGGUCCUGCGAGUGCUGCGUCAGGUCAUCAAUACAUACCCUCUCCUCAACACCGUGGAGAUCCUUACUGCUGCUGGCAAACUCAUAUCCAAGGUCAAAGGUUUCCACUAUGAGGCCAGUAACGAAGCAGACAAGAAGGACUUUGAGAAAGCCAUUGAAACCAUCGCAGUUGCUUUUAGCGGCAAUGUGUCUGAGCUGCUGAUGGGGGAGUUGGACAGCAGCACGCUGCUCUCUCUGCUGCCCACUGAGAAGAGCAGGUCGAUGGAGAACUUGUACACCGCAACGAGCCAGGGAGCAGACGGCAGCCAGUUCAGGAGUGACCUGCAGGACGUGGGCCGGGGCGAGGAAGUGGACGUGAUCCUCCAGCGCAGUGAGGGAGGAGUGGACUCUGCUCUGCUCUACGCCAAGACCAUCGCCAAGUACAUGAAGGACCUGAUCAGCUACGUGGAGAAGAGGUUUUCCCUGGAGACUGAGUUCUGCAAAGGCAUCCAGAAGCUAUACCAGUCCUGCAAACACAGCAUAACGCAUCCACACAUGCCUCUGUUCUCCAUCUACUCUCUGGCUCUGGAGCAGGACCAGGAGCAGUGCGCGGGGCUGUAUCAGGCCAGCACCACCCUGCACCUCCAGACCUUCAUUCAGCCUCUGACGCAGCGCAAGCAGGAACACGAGAAGAGACGGAAGGAGAUCAAGGAACACUGGAUUCGAGCCAAACGAAGACUGAUGGAGUGUGAGGUGAACCUGCGGAAGGCGAAGCAGGCCUACACGACCCGCUGCGAGGAGUACGACAAGGCCAAAACGGCGGCCUGCAGAGCCGAGGAGGAGGGCGGAGGCUCCACGGCCAAGUCUGUGGAGAAGAAGAAGCGGCUGGAGGAGGAGGCUCGCAACAAGGCGGAUGAGGCCGAGGCCACCUACCGGACGUGCAUAGCAGACGCCACCGCUCAGCAGCUGGAGCUGGAGCACACCAAGGUCACGGUGCUGAGGCAGCUGCAGGACGUGAUCAAACAGAGCGACCAGACCCUGCGCUCGGCCACCAUCUCCUACUACCAGCUGAUGCACAUGCAGACCGUGGCCCUGCCCGUCCACUACCAGACUCUGUGUGAGAGCAGCAAGCUGUACGACCCGGGCCAGCAGUACGCCGCCCACGUCCGCGACCUGCAGCUCCCAGAGCAGCCCAGCGUCCACUACACCUUCGAGACCUAUUCCCCGUCCAGCUCGUCUUCCCACCUUGGUCACAGACCCAGGAACGACAGUUUUAACACGGAGCAGACGAGCCAUUCGGACAGUCCGGCCUCCGCUGUGGAUGCGGCAGCUGCCGACAACAAGGAGGCAGAGGUUCAGCGCAAGAGGCAGGGACACAAAUCAUGGGGUUCAACUGUGAGCGACGACAGCGUUGGGGUGGAUGGAGAGUCUCCUACUGCCAGCACAAGCGACAUCAGCAAAAUAGCUCGGACGUCGUCCACUGGAACCAUGUCCUCCAACGAGGACGCAGAUGAGAAAGACGGGAACGUGUCGUCGUUUGAGUCUCCAAACAUUAACGGCAUGGAUCCCGACGUGGUGUCCAACCGGCAGUUCCGCAACAUCGGCCUCUCCAAAGCCGCCCAGACCCACCGGCUGAGGAAGCUGCGCACUCCUGCAAAGUGCCGCGAGUGUGACAGCUACGUCUACUUCCAGGGGGCCGAGUGUGAGGAGUGUUUCCUGGCCUGCCACAAGCGCUGCCUGGAGACGCUGGCCAUCCAGUGCGGCCAUAAGAAGCUGCAGGGCCGUCUGCAGCUGUUCGGCAGGGACUUCUCCCAGGUGGCCAGCUGUGCCAGCGACGGCAUCCCCUUCAUCAUCACCAAGUGCAUCUCUGAGAUCGAGAGACGGGCGCUGAAGAUGAAGGGCAUCUACAGGGUGAACGGGGUGAAGACCCGGGUUGAGAAACUGUGUCAGGCCUUUGAGAACGGCAAGGAGCUGGUGGAGCUGUCCCAGUGUUCACCACACGACAUCAGCAAUGUCCUCAAGCUUUACCUCAGACAGCUGCCAGAGCCCAUUCUACCUUUCCGCUUGUACAACAGCCUGAUGGGUUUGGCCAAAGAGAGUCUACAUAGUGACAGCAACGUGCCAGAGGCAGAAGAGUCCGAGUCCAACAGUAAUAACCCAACAGUGGUCAGGGGCCCAGAGCUGGUGGACCUGGGCCCCGAAACGGACCCAGAAGUCCUGGUCCUGGUGGACAAGCUGGUGGAGCUUCUUAAGGAGCUGCCCAAGACCAACCUCGCCACGCUGCGCUACAUCAUCCGUCACCUUCGGAAGAUCGCAGAACUGGAGGAGGACAACAAGAUGAGUGCCAGCAACUUGGGCAUUGUGUUUGGGCCUUCGCUGAUGCGUCCACGUCCAACCGGCGCCACGAUAUCCCUCUCAUCCCUGGUUGAUUACCCCCACCAGGCGCGCAUCAUGGAGGCCUUGAUAGUCUUCUAUUCAUCCAUAUUCCAGUCUAAAUCGGCUCAGUCCAGUAAGACCAGCCGCACUGCUUCCACCUCCACUCAGCAGGGCAGUACUGUAGAUGAUAAGAUGGGCUCUGCUGACGUAGAGGACAAUGGAGCCAGAGAGGAGCAAAAUAAACCAGACUCUGAUAAGACAGAAGAGGGAUGUGAGAGUUCUCUGGGGUCACUGGGUUCCAGUGAGCAGCUUCCAGACUCCGAUUCAGAGCUGGAUGAAAGCAGCCAGAGGACAGCGAGCACUCGCUUCCUGAUGAAGCAGGAGAGUGAGGUGAGCAUAGACGAAGACCAGCUGAGCUACAGGGACAGUCUGGACCUGUCCAGCCACGAAGCCCACACAGACCCAGAGCAGGAUACUGACCAGGACCAAGUCAAACCAGAGGUAGAAGAACCUCCCGCCCUGCCAGACAACGGGCCCCCAGACGACAUCACAGGGGCAGAGGAGGAGCUGAGCAUCUCUCUGGCUGAGCUCAAUGUGAAUCAGUCAAACAACAACAACUACCCCAGUUCACCUAGUUUAAGUCUGUCUGGGCAUCCACUGGCACGCCUGUCUGGGAAGAAGUUACAGCUGACUAAAAACCGGGACAGUGAGCCUGAGUUUGUCUAAUAUCAAAAUAAUAGUCUGAGAGAUUAAGUGAAGCGUCAGCAUUUGGCGUUUAUGCAUUACAAUCCAGGAACGGCUAAAUCUGAAUGAGAUAUUUUAUGUACUUUAUGAUUGAAGUUUUUUUUUCUACGGUUUGCGUCUGCAUUUUUAGUCUUACAGUGAAAACCUCUGCACGCUUAGUCUAUGAUGCAAUUGUUUCUAACAUUUUACCAUGUUUAACUCAGAUUGUGCAGUUUCUAUUUUAAAUGUUUUUCCUUUUAUUGCUUUUAUAAUCCAGAGGAAAAACUGGAGCACAUCAGAAUGUGUACCAUUAAAAACCUCUGAGCAAAUUUUUUAAAGUGCUGCUGGGUUUAUAUCAGCACUAAAACAAAAAUAAAUUUAUAAUUUUCUUAUAAAUGUCAUCUGUUUUGCUUUUAUGGAUGUCUGGUCUAUUUUAAUAAAAAUUUAUUUCAAUUGUUUCAUCUUA